CCCCCAAAAAUAUAUACGUAGAAACUAGAAAGAAAUUUAGAGUACAUAUAAAAUUUUACAUAUACCGUUACACCAGAAUGGAUUUUCAUAUAUUCCGGUUAUUCCGUUUUAUAAGCGUCGCAGUUUUCAUCUUCCAAGGCUCGUGUUAUUCUGAUAAAGCUGGUUAUUAUAGUUUUUUAAAAGAUGCAACAUCAGCACCAACCUUAUCUCACUUCGACUACAUAGUCAUCGGAGGAGGAACCGCCGGAUGUGCACUAGCCGCAACGCUAUCCCAAAACGCCACCGUUUUACUCCUCGAACGUGGUGGGUCUCCUUACGACAACCCUACGGCUACAGACAUAGGAAACUUCUUGAACACAUUCUUGAACACAACUCCAAACGCGUGGUCUCAGCUUUUCAUCUCCGAAGAUGGCGUUUUCAACUCACGUGCACGCGUGCUAGGAGGAGGAACAGUGAUAAACGCUGGAUUCUACUCACGUGCGGAAGAUGAUUACGUGGCGGAAUCUGGUUGGGACAGAGAAGAGGUCAAAGCAGCUUACGAGUGGGUCGAGAAGAAGUUGGUGUUCGAACCACAGAUUAAGGGAUGGCAAACGGCGUUUAUAGAUGGUCUUUUGGAGGCUGGAGUGACUCCAUAUAAUGGUUUCACGUACAAACAUAUCUAUGGAACGAAAAUUGGCGGUACGAUAUUUGACCCGGAUGGUCGGAGACACACGGCAGCGGAUCUAUUGGAGUAUGCUGAUCCGAAAAAGAUUACUGUCUUCUUGCACGCUUCUGCUCAUAAGAUCCUCUUCACCACCACAGGGACUAUGAGACCCAAGGCAAAUGGAGUGAUCUUCCAAGAUGCGAAUGGAGUGUUCCACACGGCAAAACUAGCGGCACAUAACACACAGAAUGAAGUGCUCUUAUCAGCAGGUGCCAUCGCGAGCCCGCAGCUACUGUUGUUGAGUGGUGUUGGCCCUGUGGCCCAUCUAGCAGACCAUGGGGUGGAUCCGGUCAUCCUAGAUCACCCCAUGGUUGGACAAGGAAUGGGUGAUAAUCCGAUGAACGCCGUCGUCAUCCCUUCUCCUGAACUUGUAGAAGUGUCCCUUGUUCAAGUCGCUGGAAUCCCUCAUUUUGGUAGUUACAUUGAAGGUUUGAGUGGGUUAAGCCUCUCUAUUAGUUUGACGCAUAGCUUCUUCGAUGGUGUUCUAAAUCUUCUCAAUGAGAUAAAACUUCCCACAAAAACCCUCUCAAACUUUUUCAAAUUAUUGGAUCUUCGAUUUAACAUUACAACACAAGCAGGUGGGAUAAUUCAAAAAGUGUAUGGACCAAUCUCGAGAGGUCACUUGGAGCUGCGGAACACGAAUCCAGAUGAUAACCCUUCAGUGACAUUUAACUACUACCAAGAACCAGAAGAUUUGAAUAACUGUGUCGAAGGACUCAGUGCUAUAAUUAAAGUGAUAAAUUCGCAGAACUACUCCAAGUACAAGUUCCCUGGAGUGACCGGGCGUGGAUUGUUGGAUCUCAUUCUUGCCCUUCCCAUCAAUCUGAGGCCAAGACACAUAAACUCAUUGUUCGAUUUGAAGCAAUAUUGUAAAGAUACCGUGAUGACUAUUUAUCAUUACCAUGGAGGUUGUCAAGUUGGAAAAGUGGUCGACAAUGAUUACAAAGUAUUAGGGGUUGAUGCUUUGAGGGUCGUCGAUGCAUCCACGUUUCUCAAGACUCCAGGGACUAAUCCUCAAGCCACGAUCAUGAUGCUCGGAAGGUAUGUGGGGCAGAAGAUUCUUCGAGAGAGGACGGGUUUUCUCGAAACUAAAGAAGAACUAUGAUAAUUUAAAUAUGCUCAAAAGUCUUGUUACUUGAGGCUGUUCCUUGCAAGAUCACAUAUUGCAGUGAAUUUUCUCUUGUAUGCGUGAUGUAGUGUUUUUUUUAUGUAAUGUUAUAUAAGGUUAAAAUCUAAAGAUGCUACGUUAUUUUGUUCAGGAACACAAGUGAAUAUUGAUGUUACUAAUCACUAAAAUUUUAAAGUA